AAUAGCAUUUUGGGCUUCAUCAGAAGCAGGUUUGAGAACAGGAGUAAAGUUGCCUCAAUGAAAAGUUUGAAUAUUUUUUCCGAGGGAGAGAUGUAUUGAACAGAGAGGGAGUAAAAUGGAUUCUCACCAGUGUAAUCGCCUGGGAUGGUGAAAUUAUCUGCAGAGAAAGCAUCGAGGAAUGUGGGCCUGAAUUCUUCAGAGUUUGGAAAAAUUAAACAUGAUACUCAUUGAACUUUACCGGUCGCUGACAGUGUGAAUGUCGAUAGGGUGUUCCUUCUGGAUAAUCAUUACAACCAAAGAGUCCCUGGUGUGGGGCGUGAACUGCUCAUAACCUUUUGACUCGGUUAUAGUCAACAUUGACCUUUUGACAGAAUUUUUAAGAAAGUUUAUCACUACUAAACAAAUUGUCAUAAAGCAUUGGCGAAUGUAAUUUUGUUUAAAAAAAAGAGAUACAAAGCCCUGCAUGAAUUAAGAGACCUGUUUGGAAACGCUGAUUCAGAGCCGAGAGCUCCUUCUGUGACAGAGAGGCAGCAUCGCUUCCCGGUUUCUUUCACUUUCACAGUUGAGGGAGCAGCCAACUAGGAGCCAGCUGUCUCAGGGAGGGGGAGAGAGAGAGAGAGAAGAAAAAUGAGGCGAACGUGCCCGAUGUUGCUGGUGUUGUCUUUUCUGAUUGGGAUAAAUGCCCAUCAACCUACCCAAGAGAAGAGGAAUGCUGUUCAAAAUAGUUUAUCAAUUGACAAUAUUUCAGGUUCAGUACAGAGAUGGCCCAUGAAACGACGUUUCCGAAGGGGCGAUAGUUGUCCACCUGGUUCACCAUCGAAUUGCAGCAAAUGUAAGGCAGGUACUUACCUGUUACAUUGCACUUGUAAUUGUGUGGAGUGUCGAGAGGGUGAAUUUACAGAUAGUGAAAAUCACUUGCCUGAAUGUAGACGAUGUCUGCAAUGCCAGGAGCAUGAUGGUAAGAAAACGAAAACCAACUGUACCACAACCCAUGACACAGUAUGCAGUUGUUUGGAAAAUUUCUUCAGCACAACCAAUGGAAACGAAUGCCGCAAGUGUGCAGAGUGCAACGCAGAAACUGAUGAGGUUGAACAACCCUGUACAGAAACACAGGACACAGUCUGCAGGAAAAAAGUUGGCACAUCAGUGCAUCCUGCUGCCAUAGUGAUCCCAAUUUUCUUAGUACUUGGAGUAAUUGCUGGAAUUGUUGGAUAUUUGUGCAUGAAAAAGAAAUACUGUCGACGCAAUAAACCACCAAGCUCUCAGAUACUGGAGGUGAAAAAUGGUAAAGAAAUGUCUGAGCAACUGGAGGUACCAGACAUUGUGCUUACCGAGGAGCAUUUGCAAAUGAUAGUGAUGGAAGUGGAACCGAAAAUAUACCAUCAACUUGGGAUAAGCUUAGGGCAAACUGAACCUAUGCUGCAGCAGAUUCGAGCUGAUUACCAUGACAAUAUAAAGCAACAGGGUUAUCAUAUACUGUAUUCCUGGCUCCAGGCUCAUGGAAAGAAAGGUGCAUUUCCUACAUUGAUUAACACGUUCAGGAAAUUGGGAUAUGUCACCACUGCUGAAAACAUUGUGGAAAAACUUAUUCCAAAACAGGAGGUUACAAUUGACACCAGCACACUGGAUGGGAGCGAAAAUGACAGAGUGGCAGAUAUGGUGUUUUAGAUGCUUUAUUAGUUCCCUCAGGUCACCUGUAUUCAUCAGUGAUUUCAAUGUUUGUUACAAGUUGCAAGUUAUCAUGUUCAGGCUAGAGUAGCACUGUGCUCAACUGAUUUAACCACCCCAGGCAUAACUCGAUAAGUGACUUCGAAAUUGCAGCAAAAAUUGGCAAACAUCUUAAAAAGGGGACAUUGUAGUGAUGGAUCUAAAAUUAACCGCUCUUAUCAUUUAGUCAUGGAACCCUUAAUGAACCUUCUGCCAAACUGAAAAUCUCUCUCUGGUACCGUUUUUAAAAUAGUUUCUUUCUACUUACUUUGCUGACCAUUUAUGGAAAAACAUAGAAAGAGUGACUUAUAUGUGAAAUGCAAAAGAGAAGUCUUCAGACUAAGUCUAUCAUGCAAGUGGUCAGUCACAAAUGAGUAACAUCCAUUUCUAAUACAGUAACAUAUGGAUAUUAAUGUCCAAAGCUGUGAGUCCAUAUCUGCCAUUGAUUUAUGUAGCUUGCCUAUUCCAACAAAACUGUAUCAGUCUGCAUUUUAAUCCAAAUUUGACAACUUUACCUUUUAUGCUGAUGUUAAUGUGAGCUGAGGUGGAACAAAUCAGAUUCUGGUUUACUGCACGGUGCAGGGUUAUUGCAUGUCUGGCCACAUGUAGCAGUUUGACUGUUUGCUUUACAUUGCUGCAGUGCCCCAAUACUUCCCUGUGCUCAACUAUUAGAUUCCUAUUAACUGGACCAAGAAAUCCCAUUGCACACAGUUGGUGGUGCUGGUCUAACUCUGGGUUGAUUGAGGGUGGGAGGAAUGUGGGCCCUUGUGCCGUGGGGCAGAAGUAAUACGGGUAUAUCCAAUAUUUGUUAACUGAUUUCUUACUGUAGGAAGUGACACAUCAGGGAGAUGAAACACGUGUUCACAUCUUCUUCCAAGUUUAAUUUUCUCCUAGAAUAGGUCACCAAUCUGUCAGCAUGGGCUGUAGCCUCAGAAGCAUCACUCGUCAUCGAGAAUGGCAAAGCAGGGGACUUUCAUGGGCACAUCAGAAGGACUUGCAGGCUGAUAAUUAACCUGUUUGACAACAUCACCAUUGACCAGGCCAUCAAACUCUGAUGGAGCGUUUGAAUUCAGAGUAAACCACUUUGCCACAAAACUGCCUGUCAUUUAUUUACCACCUCUGUCGAAAACCAAGGGGUUUGUCAAAACCUGGUAAAGCUUUGAUACAUUUGUGCCAAAACAUAACAUUAGAUUUAUUUGACGGGUUAAUGUCCUUUUAACUACCUUUUAUUAAAACCUAUUUUUAAAUACUUGUUUUUAUUACUACAAACUUAAUAAUUUUAGAGUUUGCUAUGGAAUUUUAUCAGCAAUUUUUUUUUUGAAAAGUGCAAAUGCUCAGUUGAUCAGUGUAAUUCUACCAGCAUUGAUCAAUAUAGAGCGUAGAACAAAGGGAUAUUAAAAAAACUUAUUGCAUCUUCAAUUACUCAGCAGUGACUGUCUUUAAAUUCGCUGUUGUUAUUUUGGAGUGAGUCAUGAGGCAACAGCGCUCCCUACUGACCUUGAGAAAGUUAGCCUGGAGGCCUUGUGAUCUCUAUGGUGAGAACUUUACUUUUCCUGAAGGCAAGUUAAAUCUCGCGGCAAGCCACCAUUGACUGCAGUCUGCGGGUGCUUCAAUAGUUUCUUAGGAGACGUUUAGAGUCGGGGACUGUGCUCCAGUUAUUCUGUAAACUCCAGGCUUGGCUGUCAGUUCCAGUGGAGUAUCGAUGCCAGUUGCUGCAGUUUCACCCUUAACUGCAGAACAAAAUCUGUUACAUUGCUCCAUGUGCCAUCAUUGUGAAAAUGCUCUGUUCUUGCAAGUGCCUGUUUAAUGUGAAUUUAUCUUGAUUAUUUCUGGGAGUGCAAUAUAGAACAAAUCUAGGGAUUACAGACAGUGAACAAAGCACAGAACCAUUACAACUUAUCACUCAAAGUUUUAAUGAUGUGGAGAUGGUGCCAAAUAAACUUGUUGGAUUAUAA